AAUGCCUUGAAAACCAACUUCCCCGGCAUCAUCGUUGCGCCGGUGUCGGAAAACGACCUGAGCUCUUCUUUGCAGUUCGCAUACAACUACAAAAUUCGUGUGGUUACCAGGUGCUCUGGACAGGACUACAAUGGCCGGAGCAACGGCCGCGGAGUGAUGAUGAUUAGGAUGGAAAAAUUUAACUAUGUGGAAUACAACCCGGACGACGAGACCGUCACCUUUGGUGCAGGUGCCACACAGGAAAUGGUUUAUGCCGUUGUGGCUGACGUGAACCGCGUCUUUGUCGGCGGUCUGUCGACAUCCAUUUGCCCAGCAGGUUGCCUUGCAGGAGGCUGCUAUGGCCCGCUGAGCCGUCUGCGCGGCCUCGGUAUCGACAACAUUCUUCAAAUUAGAUUCAUGCUCUACAACGGCACCAUCCUCACGCUCAGUCGCACCCGCUACGCCGACCUCUUCCAUGCGUACCUCGGCGCCGGCCAGAACAGCUUCGGCGUCGCCAUCUCCUUCACAGCUCGAACCUUCCCGGCUCCUCGUCAAAUCCUG